CCAAGAAAAAUGGCGUGUGUUGUGCUCCUGUGUGAUCGAGAGUAAAGAAUAAACACUGUUGUGUAUUCAUUGUUACAACCAAAGAAUUGUAUGUCAAGACUUCUUAUUUUAUAACACUAGAUAGUGAUAUUAAAAAGUGAACUAAUGAGUUUGUUGACCGAUGUCUGCCGUGGCUCCCACUAUCCCCGGGGCUGACCCAGCAAAGGAUAUUCAAAAGCGCCGUGCUGGCAGUGUUGGAUCCGAUGAAGACGACGCAAGUGGUGGGAAAUACACAAGGAUGGAGGAGGACAAUAUUCAAGACAAAGAGAGAUUUGCAAGUCGGGAGAACCAUUGCGAGAUCGAGCGCCGCAGAAGAAACAAGAUGACGGCAUAUAUCACGGAACUAUCUGAUAUGGUUCCGACAUGCUCCGCCCUCGCGCGAAAACCCGACAAACUAACCAUACUUCGUAUGGCAGUUGCCCAUAUGAAAGCUUUGAGGGGUACUGGAAAUACCUCGACAGAUGGCACAUACAAGCCAUCAUUUUUAACUGACCAGGAAUUAAAACAUUUAAUACUUGAAGCUGCUGAUGGUUUUUUAUUUGUAGUUAGCUGCGAUACAGGACGUAUCAUUUAUGUCAGCGAUAGUAUAGCACCAGUUCUAAAUUAUUCACAGGGCGACUGGUAUUCAUCAUGUUUAUAUGACCAAGUACACCCUGAUGAUGUUGAAAAAGUUCGGGAGCAGUUAAGUACUCAAGAACCACAGAAUACAGGUCGUAUACUGGAUCUAAAGACUGGGACUGUCAAAAAAGAAGGUCACCAAUCGUCCAUGCGCCAAGUGAUGGGGUCGCGGCGCGGCUUCAUCUGCCGCAUGCGCGUGGGCGGCUCGGCGGAGGGCGCGCACCUGGGCCGCCUGCGCGCGCGCAACUCGCUCGGGCCCUCGCACGACGGACACAACUACGCGGUCGUGCACUGCACCGGCUACAUCAAGAACUGGCCCCCCACAGAUCUGUUUCCAGGUAUGCAGAUGGAUCGCCCGGUCGAAGAUGAGCUUCACGCGUCACACUGUUGUUUGGUUGCUAUUGGUCGGUUACAGGUGACGUCGACACCGAACAACUCCGAGGGCAGCCUGUGCAGCAGCGGUGUGGAGUUCGUGUCGCGGCACUCGGUGGACGGCCGCUUCACGUUCGCCGACCAGCGCGCCACGCAAGUGGUGGGAUACGCGCCCGCCGACCUGCUGGGGAAACUCUGCUAUGAGUUCUAUCACCCGGAAGACCAGCAGCACAUGAGAGAUAACUUUGAUCAAGUACUUAAAUUGAAGGGGCAGAUUAUAUCCCUAAUGUACAGAUUUCGCGCGAAGAGCAGAGAAUUUAUCUGGUUAAGAACGUCCGCUUUUGCCUUUUUAAAUCCAUACAACGAUGACGUAGAGUAUAUUGUCUGUACAAAUACUUUGGCCAAUCGGUCGUUAGGAAGUACGGCAGGUGAACCGCCAGCCGAGGAGAGCUACGACUACCACCUGCGGCACCGCGACGUGUACCAGGGCGCGCCGCCCGCGUUGCACCAGCAGCACCAUGCGCCUCCAGGCAAUAACAUAGCAGGUUGUCCUGUGGGUGUGGCAGGGGGCGGCGGCGCGGGCGGCGCGCGCUCGCCGGGCGAGGCGGUGGCGGCGCCGCCAUACGCGCCGCACUACGCGCCCGACUACUCGCCGCACCGCGUCGCGAAUACGCCGCCGCAUACUACGUGGACCACUUUGCGCCCGAGCGGCGGAGGCGCCGGCGGCGAGACGUACGCGUACAGCGGCGAGACGAGCGCGGGGUCGACGGCCGCGCCGCCCGCCGACGGCAGCCCGGCGCGCUCGCCGCCCGCGCCCGCCUACCUGCCGCCCGCGCACUACCACCAGCACAACCACCACCCGCACCCCGCGCACCCCACACAUCCCACGCAUGUUCGUCCCCCAGGCAUGUGGUCGUGGCAGGGCGGCGGCGCGGGCGCGGGCGCGGCGGAGGGCGGGCACGCGCCGCACGAGCUGUCCGACAUGCUGCAGAUCCUGGACCAGGGCGGCGCCACCACCUUCGAGGACCUCAACAUUAACAUGUUCCACUCGAACUUUGAAUAGCGACUGUAUGCACGUGUACCGUAACGACUGCCGCGCUUUCCGUCUCGCUCCCCCUCGGCUUGGGCGAUCGAUGCGAUUCCAAGACUUGAAUCUCUGAAGACGAAGAUGCGAUACCAAUAAUUUAGGUUAUUUUUCGGUGAAUAGACCUGUGAAUGUUUGCUUUGAUUUCCAACGUUGCAAAUGAUGACUUUGACUUAAUUUUAAAUCUACUUAAAACAAUAUUUCUUCACCGUGUUCGAUUAUGGCAGAUAUUAUUAAAGUUAUUUUCUGUUUAUAAAAAAGUACUUAAGUUAAAAUGUAUUAAUAAGUUCAUAGCUAAACAUGCUAAGAUUUUGUAUGUUAUUGUUUCGAUAAGUGCAGUUAUUUUGGUUACUUUUAUUGUACUUCAGUAUUAGGAAAUUUAUUAAAUAGAUAUGUUAGAUAGUAUGGUAUUCAUUGUUAUUAUUAGUUUAUUUGGCGCUAUAUGAAUUAGUUUUGAAUUAUUUCCUGUUCCACAACAGUUUUCUCAGACACUCAAAAGAUUACUUGUAAAUAGGAGUACUAUCACUAACCAUUUUUAAAUUAUAAAAUUAUGAUUUAGCUCGUUCCAUCCAGUUCUGGUUAACUGACGACCAAAUAAUUAUGUGUUUAUGGAAUCUGCUUUGUAACAAGAUUAUUAUUGGUCUUGAUUGAUUGACAAUCGGAUCAAGUGGCAUAAUCACUUCUACUAUUCGUUACAUUAGUAAGCUUUUUGUAAUAAGGCUGUAAGUUUAUGAAAUACUGAAAUUAAACAUUUAAUUUCGUUUGUCACAAUAAUAAUAGGUACAAAUGUACAUUUAUUACGCCUUAGUCCGAGCUCUGCAUGCAGAUUCGGUUGGUCACAAAAAUUGUAGCUCUCAUCUCACAGGAAUUUGGAUUUUGUAUUCUAGUUACUGAGAAUACAAACUUAUUUACAAUAAUAAAUAAAAUAUUUAUACAGGGUGUACAAGAAAGUCCUUCAGGCUACUAAAACAGAUGCUGUAACGAUGUUGUAACGAAAUCGCGUGAUUAAAUGACAUAUUUACAAACAAAUUGUCUAUACCGACCGACAUAUUCGAUCUUUCUUCUAUAACAACAGUACAUCUAUUAACGUAGUUACAUGAGCAGCUGUGUUUUUCUAUACAUCUGUCGAUGUUAUUACAGCAAAAUUAAAUAUUGUCCUGUAGGCCUAAGAUGCGCGCCGUGAUAACUUUUAUCGACGUCAAAAUGUAUGGGCAAAAUCGAUAAAAUGGCGUGAUAACUGCUUAUCGUGGCGCGCAUCUUAGGCCUACUGGUGUCUCCUUAGUUUCUUAACUUUGGUCAACCACCUACAUUUUAAAACUGAUUAUUUCUUAAAAUUAUACUUUUUUAUUCUCAUUUACUGGGUAAUUUUAGUAUAUGUUAAUUUUAAUUAAUCGAAUCGAUGAUUUAUAUUAAGAAGAUACAUAAGAUAGAGAGAUAUUAAUAUUUUUAUGUAAUGCAUUUAAGAGUAAUUUUUUUCAUAUUAUUUUUUUUGUAAUUUGUUCAUUGUAGGUUUAUCAGAAUUUUGUAAAAUGACUUUUUCAUUAAACAUGAAGUACACGAAA